AUGAGCUAUACUCACUCAAAUAUUUCAAACUUCUCACCUGUCUCCUACCUUGAUCUGUCAAAAAGGGUUGCAGAAAGAGGAUCUCAAUUAUUUGAGCCAUUUUAUUUGUUAGACACUGUGGAUUAUGGAAGACCUUUGUGGGAUGCACUAUUAACACCUAGCAGUACUGAAGGAUUCAAACCAGAAUGUAUUAUUGAAUUAGCCAUGGAUAAGCUUAUUGGUGGGAAGUCUUUCAUUCUUUGGAAAAAAGAAGCUCAAAACAGAAUUACUAUUAUGGAAACUUUGGCUAUCUUUGGACCUCAUUUAUGUAUUGACAUAGUGCCACAAUCUAGAUAUGCAUCUCAUUUAAUAGCAAGUUAUAUGCACCUUUGUCUUGAUAUCUCAGAAGAUCGUGAAUGCAUUAUUACAUCAAUGCCUACUGAACCUGUGCUGGCAGAAGCAGCUUCUCAGAUAAUGAAUGAUUCAAAUGUCAACCUCACAAAACUUAUUAAUCAGCUCUCAUCAGCACUCAAGAAAGGUGUAAUAGAGGCUGGUUACCAUGGAGAACUUGCUGCCAGAUUAUUGCUUCUUAAAGCUUGGGAUGAUUAUGAUGUUUAUAGAAGAAUAGAGAAUCACCUUGAAGAACAAGUAAAGUUUACAGGAACAAAGUUUGGUGAAGCAUACAUUAAGUUUACACACUUUAUCAAUAUUACAUAUACACCAGAUAGGAAAAGUCUCAGCGCUCUUCAUGAAAAGCUUAGCAAAGAUCAUAUUUCAUAUGUACUAAUACAAGUUAAAAAUUGGUCUACAGAUAAUAAUAAAGGUGAUGAUUAUCCGCUCUCUGCAACAGCUUCACCGCCACCAGCAUAUAUAGGCAUUGAGGAACUUCCACAUAUGCCAUUUUUGUCAUUGUAUUUGCAAUUAGGUGCAACAAAAGAGUUUAUUGAUGUUCCAACAGAAUUUUUUAAAUCACCUCAAACAUGUCAAAUUGCUUUGUGCAAGCAUAAAAUUGAAGAAGUUUUGAAAGAUUAUCAAACAGAUGAUGAUAAAACAAGCGAAAUUUUAUUAAGAACAUUCCAUGAACAUUUUCAGAAGCCACUUGCAUUAUUUGGAUUAUCUUCAAAUAUCUAUAGUUGCUUGAAACAGUUUACAUCAAACCCCACAACCUCAUCAUUAGAUCUCACAAAUAGCUUUAAGCAAUUAUUGACUGCUUGGGUUGAUCCCACACUGGGAGAAUGUCCAGAAAAAAUGAAGAUAGUUAAACAUAUGGAACCAUGGGUAUACAAGAUGGAGCAAUGA